AUGGCAAGCUAUCUAAGGAACAAAGAUGCGAUAGUAACAAUGAUAUUAUCAAUGAUGGGCACUGGGGUGACAUUUAUGCCGUAUGCAUUUAUGUCAGCGGGAUAUCUGAAUGCGAUAUCACUGAUGCUGUUUUUUGGACUGGGCACGAUUGCAUCGUGCUAUUGCAUAUCGUAUGCGGUGAAGCAUUCGAAGGAGAGAUCGCCGACGUAUUCAAGCCUGGCACAUGACAUUUCGAAGUAUCUGGGGUAUUUGGUGAAUGUGUCGAUAUUUUUCAAUGGAUAUCUUGCAGCAGUCAACUUCUACAGGUAUCUGUCGGACAUGAUAGUUAACAACUCAAGCUUUAUACGGGGACUGACUGAUAGUGUGGAGAGUUCCAGGAAGAUAGUUGUUCUUGCGAUGGCGAUACCGUUCAUAUAUCUGUCGAUGAAGAAGACGCUGUCUGGGCUUGCACUUACAUCGUACAUGAGCGUGGCUUCUGUUUCGUAUCUUGCGUUUCUGAUGAUCUACUUGUUUUUUGCUGUGGGGACGGAGUGUGCAACAGGAGGAGUGAAGGCAACAAACCAAUCGCUGAGAUCAGCGGUGCCUGUAUUUAUUUCGUCGAUGGUAUGCCAGGGAAACAUGGUGAAGAUAUACCUGGAGAUGAAGAACAGGAGCAGCGCGAAUGUGCUGAUUGUGUCAUCCGGAGCGGUUAUUGGGGCGAUUCUAAUCAACGGGCUGACGGGACUGUUUGGAUACUUUGUGUUUGGUGAGUCUAUUGAUGGAGAAAUAAUGUCUGAGCUUUCGAAGAUGGACAGUGCUGUGAACAAGCUGAUUAGGAAAGGAUGGGACAAGAGCAACAUUAUGCCAAAAAUGGCGAUAUUUGGAAUGACACUGACGCUUUUUGGAGGAUAUCCUGUGCAGCUUGUUCCUGUUGUGGAGAUGCUCUUCAAGGCCUUUCCUGAGAACAAACGAACCGAGAUGAACAGAAAGGCGAUUGUUAUCUUUUUGUUUAUUGUCUGCAUACUGCUGAACCUUCUGAAGGAGCUGAAGACAAAAAUCAUCAAAAGAUUCCUCGGCGCAACAUUCUCGAACUCGGUUGCAUUUGUAUAUCCUUUUAUUUACUAUCUCUGUAUAAACAAGAAGCGAUCAUUGCCUGCAACCAUGAUGUGCCUUUCUAUGAUAGCUAUCAGUGCAUCUGUGAGCUUAUUUACAAUUGUCAACUUCCUGAGAAAUGGAUUGGAAAAGUAA